GUGUCCAGUCUGGGGCGGGAGGGUGCGCCCUAGGGGCGUGGACACCGCCGAGAAACACCCUGGCCGCAUUUAAGUAGCUGCAGGCCAGUGCCAGGGAGGAAGGAGGCGAAAAGUUCCAGCAACUGCUGACCUACUCGGACCCAGAGUUAGACGCACCGACACCCAGCUCGGCCCCAGCUAGCUCUAGACCGCGCCAUGCGGGGCUCGAGCGUCGCUCUGUGGAUCCUCCUCGCUCUGCGCACAGCGCUCGGCGGCAUGGAGGUGCGGUGGUGCACCACCUCAGACCCGGAGCAGCAGAAAUGCAGCGACAUGAGCAAAGCCUUCCAGGAAGCCGGUAUCCGGCCAUCCCUCCUGUGUGUCCAGGGCACCUCAGCCGACCACUGCAUCCAGCUCAUCACGGCCCAGAAGGCUGAUGCCAUCACCCUGGAUGGAGGAGCCAUUUAUGAAGCAGGGAAGGAGCAUGGCCUGAAGCCCGUGGUGGGCGAAGUAUAUGAUCAAGAGGUUGGUACCUCCUAUUACGCCGUAGCUGUGGUCAAGAGGAGCUCCAAUGUGACCAUCGACACCCUGAAAGGCAUGAAGUCCUGUCACACGGGCAUCAACAGGACGGUGGGCUGGAACGUGCCCGUGGGCUACCUGGUGGAAAGCGGCCGCCUCUCCGUGAUGGGCUGCGACCUGCUCAAAGCUGUCAGCGACUAUUUUGGGGGCAGCUGCGUCCCCGGGGCAGGAGAGACCAGCUACUCGGAGUCCCUCUGUCGCCUGUGCAGGGGCAACACUGCUGGGGAGGGGGUGUGUGACAAGAGCUCCCUGGAGAGAUACUACGACUACAGCGGAGCCUUCAGGUGCCUGGCGGACGGGGCAGGGGAUGUGGCCUUUGUGAAGCACAGCACAGUGCUGGCGAACACCGAUGGGAAAACUCUUCCCUCCUGGGGCCAGGCACUGCUGUCGCAAGACUUCCAGCUGCUAUGUCUGGAUGGCAGCCGGGCUGAUGUCACCGAGUGGAGGCGAUGCCACCUGGCUCGGGUGCCUGCUCACGCGGUGAUGGUCCGGCCUGACACAGACGGGAGCCUCGUGUUCCAGCUGCUCAAUGAAGGCCAGCGUCUAUUCAGCCAUGAGGGCAGCAGAUUCCAGAUGUUCAGCUCUGAGGCCUAUGGGCAGAAGGACCUGCUCUUCAAAGAUGCCACCUCUGAGCUGGUGCCCAUCGCCACACAGAGCUAUGAGGCCUGGCUGGGCCGCGAGUACUUGCAAGCCAUGAAGGGUCUCCUCUGUGACCCCAACCGGCUGCCCCGCUACCUACGCUGGUGUGUGCUGUCCGCUCCGGAGAUCCAAAAGUGUGGAGACAUGGCUGUGGCCUUCAGCCGGCAGAAGCUCAAGCCAGAGAUCCAGUGUGUGUCGGCCGAUUCUCCCCAGCACUGCAUGGAAUGGAUCCAGGCUGGGAAAAUUGAUGCUGUGACCCUGAAAGGCGAGGACAUCUACAUGGCAGGAAAGGAAUAUGGCCUGAUUCCAGCAGUUGGGGAGCGCUAUGCCCCGGAGGACAGCAGCAACUCCUACUUCGUGGUGGCUGUGGUGAGGCGGAACAGCUCCUACGCCUUCACCCUGGAUGAGCUCCGGGGCAAGCGCUCCUGCCACUCAGGGUUCCACAGCCCCGCGGGCUGGGACAUCCCCGUGGGUGUCCUGGUGCAGAGGGGCUUCAUCCGGCCCAAGGACUGCGAUGUCCUCACAGCCGUGAGCGAGUUCUUCGGUGCCAGCUGCGUGCCCGUGAACAACCCCAAAAACUACCCAUCCUCGCUAUGUGUGCUCUGUGUGGGGGACGAGCAGGGCCGAAACAAGUGUGUGGGCAACAGCCAGGAGAGGUACUAUGGCUACAGCGGCGCCUUCAGGUGCUUGGCUGAGAACGCGGGGGAUGUCGCCUUCGUCAAGCACACAACUGUCUUUGACAACACAAAUGGCCACAAUUCUGAGCCCUGGGCUGCUGAGCUAAGGUCAGAGGACUAUGAGCUGCUGUGUCCCAACGGGGCCCGGGCCGAAGUGUCCCAGUUCGCGGCCUGCAAUCUGGCACAGAUACCGUCCCAUGCUGUCAUGGUCCGGCGGGACACCAACAUCUUCACCGUGUAUGGACUGCUGGACAAGGCCCAGGACCUGUUUGGAGAUGACCACAAUAAGAAUGGGUUCAAAAUGUUCGACUCCUCCAACUACCAUGGCCAAGACCUGCUUUUCAAGGAUGCCACGAUCCAGGCGGUGCCUGUGGGGGAGAAAACCACGUACCGAGACUGGCUGGGCCCUGACUACGUGGCAGCUCUAGAAGGGAUGCUGUCUCAGCGGUGCUCGGGCGCAGCGGCCCUGGUCCCCAGCCUGUCCCAGUUGCUGCUGCUGCUCCUGCCACUCCUCACAGCUGGCCUUCUCCAUACCGCCCUCUGAAGCAGCUCCAGGCAAGCCUAGCCCUCCCUCGGAAUGGAAACCUACUCAGAAAUCUCCAUAAAUAGGCUGUUCUCUAUGGUGAAGUGGGUUAGCACUGCUCAGAGAGACAGGAAGUGUGAGAAACCACGGAGCUCCUCAGAGCUGCGAUUCUGACACCAAAGAGGAGGUUCUGUGAUUGCUGCAAACCGGAAUAAAGAUGAAUGUUAAAGGAAAGCCCCCCCCCCCUCGAAUUGAGUUGGAUGCGAGCAGUGCUCCUGCGUGAACCCAGCCUCUGCCUCCCAGGCACCACCUGUCCCUCUGCCACCUGAGGCGGGCGAGCUGGCCGGCCUCCCAGUCACGCCCCACCCACGGCUGGCAGGCCGCCUCCCUGCAGAUCCGUAGGCUCCCACCACCGGAGGAGCCUCACCAGGCUCAGGAUUGGAAAAGGCCAGUUACCAAGGAAACAGGCUGAGCCCCCGGCUUCCCACACGGCCCUCUCCGGCCCUCUCCGCUGGAGCCUGCCCUGCUGAGCUGCCCAGGGGACCCGUCCUCUGCCGGUUCCCUCUUCUCCUCUGAGGAAUGGAUGCACACUUGGCACCUCCUGUUAGCCCCUCUCCAUCUGGGCUCUAGACUCCCUCUUCCGGCCUCCCUCCUUAGGACACCGUGUCUGUCUAGGGAGGCAUCCACCAGAUGAGGCUACAGUCGGGCCUGCCAGGGAGGUGAAGCUGCUGGACACAGACAGCCCUUUGUCCUUGUCUUCUGUGGCUUGGCGUGGCCCAGACCACCCGACAUACCUGAUUGUGCUGGGCCAGAACAGACCACAGGGGUGAACCCUCAAGGGGGUCCUCAGACAAAGGAAAUGCUCCUCAGUAAGCAUCCCCCCUCCUGAGUUUCCAUCUCAGAUUAUCCUCUUGUCCCACCCCCACACGACGCCCUCCCCUCCUCAGAUGCCCCUGCACAUCUAGCAGCGGCAGUUGCCUCCCGAUGGAAGGACUCAGCCUCAAGGACCUGCCCAGAGAGCUCCAGGCCUGGAGCAGGAGGUAACCCGGGCCUCCGAGGCAGCACAUGCCGUCUGAAGAGGCAGGAAUGGGGAGAUGCCCUUCUCUUUGUCACAGGAGCCAUGGGCCGGGUUAGGCACCAGUGGGGAGCUCCAGCUCCUCUGUGUCAGCAGGAGGUCUCCUCACCCAGGCCUGUACCAGCUGGACGAGGCCACUCAAUCCAGAGGAAGGGUCCCACCUUCCCCUCGCCUGUGAGUCAGAGGAAAGUGCCUGGAGAGGGUCUUCUCUACUCCAUUUUUGCCACGGUUGUUUGAGGAGCCAGAAAAGUUUCCAGAACUGCCAGCUCUUCCUCUGAAUUUUCUUCCCUGAGAAAAGGAAAAAAAAAAAAAAAAAAAAGAAGAAGAAGAAACAGGAGCAAGCCACCCUCUCAGCAGACUGGGAGCCGCGUGGGUCUUGAGCUAUUUGCGUCUCGAUCUGCGGGGGCCUCGGGGACGCCGAUGACAGGCUGGUUCCUGGUGCUUCGCCCCCAUCAGGGGGCGUUGGGAUGGAUACCUUCCAUCUCUCAGCAGUGAAGGAGGCCCCUGGCAGCAUCCUGGCCACAGUCGCGCCGUCCCGAGGAGUCCUAGUCACCAUGCUGGGGAAACUCUACCCCACUGCCAAGGGCAGAAGGAGCAGCCUCCGCUACCAAGCUUUGUACCCUCUUCACCUCGGGGAGUGAAUGAUUCUCUGACCUGACGAUUGUUUGAUUUUUUUUUUUUUUUUUUUAAAGGGAGAUUCGUCCAGUGAGAGAGUAUUUGUGUUUGGCUACCCUGGGCUAGUGUGCUGCCCAGGGUGUGACACCAGUAACCAUGAGCCACUGAGUAUGACAUGUGUGAAUGCUGUGUGAGGUUGGAUUUUCAGGUGACAGCAGGGGGCUACCACUGUGUUAGUGCUAAUAAAAGAUGUUGGUUUGGUUUUUUUAAAUAAAGCCGAACAGCCCUGCACCUGCUGAGGCUUGGAAUCUGA